CCAGAACAGUAUUUCCUGGAGUUUCUCGCGUAUCACCGAUAUGGCACAAACAAUGCUUCAAGUGCCAGGGAUGUGGAAUGACGUUAAAUAUGCGUACCUACAAAGGAUUCAAUAAACAGCCAUAUUGCGAGGCGCACAUACCAAAAGCGAAAGCAACUACCAUGGCAGAGACACCUGAGCUAAAGCGCAUAGCAGAGAACACAAAAAUCCAAAGUAAUGUGAAAUACCAUGCGGAAUUCGAGAAAGCAAAGGGGAAAUUUACUCAAGUGGCAGACGAUCCCGAGACCCUGAGGAUCAAACAGAAUAGCAAAAUCAUUUCAAAUGUUGCAUACCAUGGUGAGCUUCAGAAAAAGGCGAUUAUGGAGCAGAAGAGAACGAUGACAGGUGAAAACGGUGAACAAAUAGAGUACGUAGAAUACACAGAUGAAACACUAGCCCCGGCAACUAGCGUUAAUGCAAAUACAGUGCCGGCAAGAACGGCCAGCCCUAUACAGAGAACACCCGGAAGAAUUGCUGAUUACGACCCAUUGACUGAGGCGAGACCUAGUCCUUACUCUGCGCGACAAGCCGCAACAACAGUUAUUUAUACCAGCGACAGGGGUGCAGGUGCGUAA